AUGACAGUAAAAGAGUUCACUGUUGCCAGUGCCAGGGAACAUAAAACAUUUCACAUUCAUGGUCAUGCUCACGUAGUUCUCACAAGUAAUUUACACAAUUGGAUGAAUGUCUUCAUUCAAGAGGUAAGAAGCCAGGUGCCAGGCAUUGGAGUGGACGAAAACCAGCCCGUAUUUCCAUCCUUAAAUGGAACAAAAAUGCAGUCCAGUUAAAUCAAAAAAAGCCUUAAAAUCAGUAUGGGAAAAAGCAGGUAUUGACGGGCCUAUUCACGGCACUCUUCUCAGGAAAGGUGCCGUAACCGCAGUGCACAGGAAUCACGAAAAAGAAGCCAGCAAUCUUGCUGACUUGAUGGCCCAUAAAGAAGAUACUGCUCUCCAGUAA